AUUCUUCAACCUCCCCAUUAAAUAGCCAUCGCUAUUCCCAGACCAACAAUUUAAUGCAGCAGCUGGACUCUCCUCUUUCUCCUCUCUACCCACCUUUCUCUCUCUUCUUUCUAAUUUAAUUCUCUUCUCUCCCCAAACUCCCACCCCACCACUUCAUCAUCUUCUCUCUCUAAAACAACAAUGAAAAAACUCUCCAUCUCCUUUCUCUCUCAUCAAUGUCCACCAUCUCUCCUCCUCCCUCUCACUCCUAUCACUUCACUUUCUCUCUCCAAAACCUCGGUCUCGGCUACGCCAUAGCUAUCGCUUUCGGCUUCCUCGUCCUUUUCUCGGCUCUCCUUCUCUCUUCUUACAUUUGUUGUCGCGCUACACGCCGCCGCCGGCGUGAUCUUUCUCCGCCGCCGUCAUCCGCUGCCGCCGAUAACGGAAUUAUUGUACCGCGAAUUAUUUUUGUUGCUGAAGACGAUGAAGACGACGUUGAAAAUCAAAAUAAUAAUGAUAAUCGGUCUUAUAGUAACGGCGUGGUUGGACUUGAUCGUGCGGUGAUAAAUUCGUACCCGAAGUUUCAGUUUUACAAGAAGAUUGUUGAAGAAAAAACGAAUAGUGAUGAUUUAAUGUGUUCGAUUUGUUUGUGCGAUUAUAAAGAAGGAGAAAUGUUGAGAAUGAUGCCGGAUUGUAAACAUUAUUUUCAUUUGUGUUGUCUUGAUGCUUGGCUUAAACUUAACGGUUCUUGUCCUGUUUGCAGGAAUUCUCCGUUACCUACGCCUAUUUCUACGCCGUUAGCCGAAGUCGUCCCCCUUUCUCAGUAUCCUGAUAAUCGUCGUAGGUCUAAUAUUGUCUCUUCAGCUUAGUGAUUUAAUUGUACUAUACUUCAUUUUAUUUUUAGGAGCCAAUUUUCUUUGUUUUCUUUAUUUUUCAAUUUUAGUUUUAUAACUUUUUGAUGUGGUCGAUUUGAUCCAAAGAAGAAGCGUGAUGUAAACAUAAUGGUUUACAAAAACUAGUGCAAAUUUUUUGGUUUUA